CGAGCAACGUUCCAGAUGGUUCUGGGAGCUCAGCUCGGUAUUUUCUCGAAGGCUCCGAGAGGCUUUAAAGCUGCACUACUGCCCUGACACCACUCCAACCCUCAGCUGCCGAGGUAGUCUGCGGUCCAGGAACGACCUCCAUACAUUUAUCACCGAAGUUUUCUUUUCCCCUGAAGGCAAGAUGCCUGAAUCACACGACCAACCAAUGGAGGAGGAGGCUGAGACCUUUGCAUUCCAGGCUGAGAUUGCUCAGCUGAUGUCCCUGAUCAUCAACACUUUCUAUUCCAAUAAAGAGAUCUUCCUUAGGGAGCUUAUCUCCAACUCCUCAGAUGCCCUGGACAAAAUCCGCUAUGAGAGUCUGACUGACCCCUCCAAGCUGGACUCUGGCAAGGACCUCAAAAUCGAAAUAAUUCCCAACAAAGAGGAACGCACCCUGACCUUGAUUGACACGGGUAUCGGCAUGACAAAGGCUGACCUGAUUAAUAAUCUGGGCACAAUCGCAAAAUCGGGCACCAAGGCAUUCAUGGAGGCUCUGCAGGCUGGAGCCGACAUCUCUAUGAUCGGCCAGUUCGGUGUGGGGUUCUACUCUGCCUACCUGGUGGCGGAGAGGGUGACUGUCAUCACCAAGCACAACGACGAUGAGCAGUAUGCCUGGGAGUCCUCCGCUGGUGGCUCAUUCACUGUUAAAGUUGACAACUCUGAGCCAAUGGGUCGUGGCACCAAGGUGAUCCUGCACCUGAAAGAAGACCAGAUAGAAUACAUCGAGGAGCGGAGAGUCAAAGAGAUCGUGAAGAAGCAUUCACAGUUCAUUGGCUACCCCAUCACGCUUUUUGUGGAGAAAGAGCGCGACAAGGAGGUGAGUGACGACGAGGCAGAGGAGGAAGAGAAGGAGAAAGAGAAGGAUGAAGAAGAGGAGAAGGACGAGGACAAGCCCGAGAUUGAGGAUGUCGGGUCAGAUGAGGAGCACGACCAUGACCAUGACAAGUCUUCAGACAAGAAGAAGAAGAAGAAGAAGAUCAAGGAGAAGUACAUUGACCAGGAGGAGCUGAACAAGACCAAACCUCUGUGGACCCGUAACCCGGAUGACAUCACUAAUGAGGAGUAUGGAGAGUUCUACAAGAGUCUUACCAAUGACUGGGAGGACCACCUGGCUGUCAAGCACUUUUCCGUGGAGGGUCAGCUGGAGUUCCGUGCCCUGCUGUUUGUGCCUCGCCGCGCACCGUUCGACCUCUUUGAGAACAAGAAGAAAAAGAACAACAUUAAGCUGUACGUGCGCAGGGUCUUCAUCAUGGACAACUGUGAUGAGCUCAUCCCUGAGUACCUCAAUUUCAUGAAGGGUGUGGUGGACUCGGAGGAUCUGCCCCUGAACAUCUCCCGAGAGAUGCUGCAGCAGAGCAAGAUCCUGAAGGUCAUCCGUAAGAACCUGGUGAAGAAGUGCCUGGAACUUUUCACUGAACUGUCCGAGGACAACGACAACUACAAAAAAUACUACGAGCAGUUCUCCAAGAACAUCAAGCUUGGCAUCCAUGAGGAUUCACAGAACAGGAAGAGGCUGUCUGAGCUUCUGCGCUACUACACCUCAGCCUCUGGAGAUGAGAUGGUUUCCCUGAAGGACUAUGUCACACGUAUGAAAGACAGCCAGAAACACAUCUAUUACAUCACAGGUGAGACCAAAGACCAGGUGACCAACUCUGCCUUUGUGGAGCGCCUGCGCAAAGCCGGCCUGGAGGUCAUCUACAUGAUCGAGCCCAUUGACGAGUACUGUGUCCAGCAGCUCAAGGAGUUUGAGGGCAAGAACCUGGUUUCAGUGACCAAGGAAGGCCUUGAGCUGCCUGAGGAUGAUGAGGAGAAGAAGAAGCAGGAGGAGAAGAAGGCUCAGUUUGAGAACCUGUGCAAGAUCAUGAAGGACAUCUUGGAGAAGAAAGUGGAGAAGGUUACGGUCUCCAACCGUCUGGUCUCCUCCCCCUGCUGCAUUGUCACGAGCACCUACGGCUGGACGGCCAACAUGGAGAGGAUCAUGAAGGCCCAGGCCCUGAGAGAUAACUCCACCAUGGGCUACAUGGCCGCCAAAAAGCACCUUGAGAUCAACCCUGACCACCCCAUCGUGGAGACCCUGAGGCAGAAGGCCGAGGCUGAUAAGAACGACAAGUCUGUGAAGGAUCUGGUCAUCCUGCUCUUCGAGACCGCCCUGCUCUCCUCGGGAUUCACUUUGGAUGACCCCCAGACCCACUCCAAUCGCAUCUACAGGAUGAUCAAGCUGGGUCUUGGUAUUGAUGAAGAUGAUAUGACACCAGAUGAGAUCACCCCUGCUCCCACCGAGGACAUGCCCCCGCUUGAAGGUGACGAUGACGACACAUCCAGGAUGGAGGAGGUGGACUGAGCCUGUUUCUAUUGCCUUCUGGCGUUCAGACGUAGUUUUCAAGUUAAAUGUUGUAAAUGAGCCUGGAAUGUCCGCGCCCCCCCCCCCCCCCCCCCCCCCCCACACACACACACACACACACACACAACUCAACCUUUUUUGACCAAGUUCACUUUGUUUGUUUGAACAUACUGUAUGCGGUUCAGAUUCUUUCCCUUCGGAACUGGAUCUGUUUUCAAGUUGUCAGUUUUUGUAUCUUAAGUUUUAUUAGUGCAUUUGUUUUUGUAUUUAUUGACAUUCCAAUGUUCUUUGUGUGUUCACUGUAAAUAUAUGAAAAUUGAUAAUGUUCUUUCAAAAGGCGGGACCCAUUAAAUAAAAGGUUUAUCAUGUUAACAA